GAGCCCCCACGGCCCUGCCUUUCCCCAUGGAGAAAGGACCCACCUUGCCCCAGGACUGCCGGGACUUUGUGCACAGCCUGAGGAUGAGGAGCAAAUAUGCCCUUUUCCUGGCUUUUGUGGUGGUAGUUUUUGUCUUCAUUGAGAAGGAAAAUAAAAUCAUAUCGAGGGUCUCGGACAGGCUGAAGCAGAUCCCACAAUCCCUAGCAGAUGCCAAUGGCACAGACCCAGCCCUGGUCUUGGCUGAGAACGCGUCCCUCUUGUCCCUGAGCGAGCUUGAUUCAGCCUUCUCUCAGCUGCAGGGCCGCCUGCGGAACCUCAGCCUGCAGCUGGGGGUGGAGCCCGAGGUGGAGGAGGAGGAGAGGGAGGAGGGGGAGGAGGGGCCGCCCCCACCCGCCAGGCCCCGGCGCCACGUGCUCCUCAUGGCCACCACCCGCACCGGCUCCUCGUUCGUGGGCGAGUUCUUCAACCAGCAGGGCAACAUCUUCUACCUCUUCGAGCCGCUGUGGCACAUCGAGCGCACCGUGUCCUUCGAGCCGGGAGGUGCCAACGCCGCGGGCUCGGCCCUGGUCUACCGCGACGUGCUCAAGCAGCUCUUCCUGUGCGACCUGUACGUGCUGGAGCAUUUCAUCAGCCCCCUGCCCGAGGACCACCUGACCCAGUUCAUGUUCCGCCGGGGCUCCAGCCGCUCCCUGUGCGAGGAGCCCGUCUGCACGCCCUUCGUCAAGAAGGUCUUCGAGAAGUACCACUGCAGGGACCGGCGCUGCGGCCCCCUCAACGUGACGCUGGCGGCCGAGGCCUGCCGCCGCAAGGAGCACGUGGCCCUCAAAGCCGUGCGCAUCCGGCAGCUGGAGUUCCUGCAGCCGCUGGCCGAGGACCCCCGGCUGGACCUGCGCAUCAUCCAGCUGGUGCGCGACCCCCGGGCCGUGCUGGCCUCCCGCAUGGUGGCCUUCGCCGGCAAGUACGAGCCCUGGAAGAAGUGGCUGGCCGAGGGCCAGGACCGGCUGAGGGAGGAGGAGGUGCAGCGGCUACGGGGCAACUGCGAGAGCAUCCGCCUGUCGGCCGAGCUGGGGCUGCGGCAGCCGGCCUGGCUGCGCGGCCGCUACAUGCUCGUGCGCUACGAGGACGUGGCGCGCAGCCCGCUGCAGAAGGCGCGCGACAUGUACCGCUUCGCCGGCAUCCACCUGACCCCGCAGGUGGAGGACUGGAUCGAGAAGAACACGCGGGCGGCCCGCGACGGCAGCGGCAUCUACUCCACGCGGAAGAACUCGUCGGAGCAGUUCGAGAAGUGGCGCUUCGGCAUGCCCUUCAAGCUGGCGCAGGUGGUGCAGGCCGCCUGCGGCCCCGCCAUGCGCCUCUUCGGCUACAAGCUGGCGCGGGACGCCGCCGCACUCACCAACCGCUCGGUCAGCCUGCUGGAGGAACGCGGCACCUUCUGGGUCACGUAGGGGGCCUGGGGCCCCGUGUACCCUCCUCGUGAAAGGCCCAGGCCCGCCCUGCCUUGCUCGCACCCCAGCCAGCGGGGAGAUGCAGCGCUCGCAGAGGGCGGGUGGGCAGCUGCCCCGGGGGCGGGCGACCCCGCGCUGUAGCAGUAGGCCCCAGCCAGCCAGCUUCCCCGCCGCGGCCGCGGGCUGGGG